GUCAGAAAAUAGAUUGAAUUUUAAUUGUUACAGUUUGAAACGCAGUUUCUACACAACAAUGACAUUCAUUUUUUGAAAGUGGUAAUAGUUGAACAUCGAGAUAUUUCAUCGCAAACUCAAUGAGCACUCUAUUUACAUUUCACUAAAGGUAAUGCCGAAAAAGAACUAUACGAACUAUAUAGGAACUAUACACUAUUAUUUUGCUCGAUGAGAUAUUAUAUGGCGCGAUCGGUUAUGUUUCCGCACAGGAGAAGUUGACAUUAUAUAACAACGGAGAGAGCAGAUAUCCUGCUUUACCAUUCAUUUUCGAAGUCCAUUGAAGUAGUGCUGAAGUCAACCUACAACCAAUUCCAGCAAUGAAGCUUUGUGAAGCAAAUUUCAUUCGGAAUCAUAUUAUUGAAUUGAGUACAUUGACAAUCACGGAUCCUAUUUUGUUAGCCGAGUUGUACGAGAAGAAAUGCAUUAGUUCGGAGGAUACGGAAAGAUUGGAGCACUGUGUUCUUCCAACUGAAAAAUCUCGUUUGUUAUACGAAACGAUCACAGAAUCGAAAGGUUCCAAUACCAUUCAAAAGCUUAUCAAUAUUCUAUCCGAUUUAAAACAAAGCGGAGCAGUAGAAAAGCUGAAAAAUUAUUCAUGCGGUAGAUGUGCACGUCGUGAAGUAGAAUGUCUGCCAGACGGGGCACUGGAAUUCGGAGUACCUUCACAAGUGAGUACUUUCACUGGGCGUUUAGAUGAGCUCCAGCGAUUACACAAAUUGAUACAACGCCCUUCUUCAAAAGUGACAGUCGUUUCGCAAGCCACAACUGUCAGUGGCCUGGGUGGAAUCGGAAAAACUGGGUUGGCUAUUGAAUAUGUCAAAACGUAUUCCACGCAUUACCAAGGAAACAUCUUGUGGAUCAAUGCAGACAGUGCUGAUGAAGUCCGGAAAUGUUAUCGUUCGCUUGCUCAACGUUUACAGAUUUCUCUUGUAGACAGAAGUGGAGAGACUCGUGAUAUUACACAAGUUAAGGAAGACAUCUAUGCCAGAUUUGUGGGAUGCGAGUGUCUUUUCGUUUUUGACAACUGUCCUGAUCCCGUAUUCGUCGCAAAGGAGUGUAUACCAGAUACAUUCCUACCAUCAUUUUGCACUCUACCAAAGUUUUUGCUGACGUCCAGAAAUCAGGAAUGGGAUCGUGAUAUCGGCGUCCUGCUAUUGGACGAGAUGAAACCGGAAGAAGCUGAAACUUUGAUUAUGAAACGAUUGUGCCUUCAAGAGAGUAACGAGGAUAUCCGUCUAUUAGCACAACUUCUACAAUACUUUCCACUGGCCAUUCAUCAAGCAACGGCGUACAUUUAUGACCAGCAGCGAAAUCACGAUAAUUACACAAUUGAUAGCUACAUGAAUGACUUUAAGAGUAAGUCAGCGAUGCUGUUGGAUACACCGAUUUUGGGAAUCGACAAUAAAUACAAGAAAACUACUUUUACAACUUGGCAAAUCUCGUUUGAAGAAAUUCGAAACGUCCCUACGGCGGCAAACAUAUUGCAUAUGAUGGCAUAUAUGGCUCCGGAUAAUGUUAACAGAGAAAUAUUUUGCUGUCUAUUCCCUCGCGAUGGUGACGUUGCUAAUUCCGUUAAGCUUAUUUGCAAAUACUCGUUACUAAAAGGGGAACAAAAACAGGCUGUAUUGAGCAUUCAUCGUCUAGUUCAAGAAGUGAUUCGACUGCAAUUAGAAAGCAAACAAGAGAGUGAAGCUGUGCUUGAGAUGUGCUUGAAAUUAUUGACGAACACAAAUCUUAGUGAAACAAACCAUCCAUUUUUGAUCUGGGGAAGGUCGGCAAAAUUUGGGUCUUUGAUUGAACAGUUUUAUGAAUCGUCCACUGCCGCGAUGGAGAGAAAAUUGACACCACUACAUAUUUUAUCACAAGGUGGAGAUUGUGAAGGUGUCUAUCACAUUUUAAAUUAUUUUCGGUUAAAAGGCAGACGAGAUGAAAAAGACAGGUUAGACUGCUACGGAAGAACGCCGCUGAUACUUGCCUGUGAACAAGGCCACGUUCAGGUUGUAAAGAUUUUGUUGGAAAAUCAAGCCAGAACCGAUAUCAUGGCCCAAUCGGUUCGUCAGAGAAAGACAUUCGCUCCGAAAAAUGCUGGUAGAACUGCAAUGCUGGCUGCGGUGAGAAGCCGAUCAUUGGAGACUGUGCAGCUGUUAAAAAAUAGUCACUGGGAUCCGAGCAAAGAAAGUGGCAUAUCACCUGCCGAGCUGGCAGCGAGUUAUGGAGAAAUGGAAAUGUGCAAAGAACUAUCCGGCAACAUAUCCGUCUACCUUUGCGCGAUGAUAAGCUCAAAGGGGAAAGAAAUGAAUGAUGUGAUGACCAGUGUGAGGAGGGAAAUUACUGUUUCUCCAAAAGAAAGAAGGUCAGAGAUCAUGAAAUACCCAGUUCGUGGCUCCACACUAGUUGCACACGCAAUAAUCAACGAUUAUCCAGAAGACUUUGUAUGGUUUUUAAUUGAGGAAGGAGGUGGAAUAGCAGAGGCUGAGAAGGUCACCCAAACACCGCUUGUGUGUUCCGUCUUCACCGGUCGUUUGGAUCUUGUUAAGUUUCUCAUUAAAAAUGGUUCCAAUGUGAACGUUAUCCACAAAGGUCUAACUUUAUUGCAUAUAGCAGCUCUUCGUGGCAAAGGUCCUGUUGUGAAAUUCCUUCUUGAAGAAAAUUUUGACAUUGAAAUUAGAUCCAGUGACAAUCUCACACCUUUACACUAUGCUGCCACCCAUGGCAGAGUAGAAGCCGUUGAAAUUUUGAUUGCAGCUGGGAGUGACUGUUCUGUUUCCAACAUUUUUAACCAGAGCCCACUUCACUGUGCAGCUAGCUAUAACCACUACUCCAUCGUCGAAAUGAUUCUUAAAGGUAUUCCAGAAGGCAAGAAAGAAGACGUAUGCACUCAAAUCGCUUCACAACCGUGUGACUGCACGAUAGUGCACUUGGCGGCUGCUUAUGACAAUGUCGAAUUCUUAUCUUAUCUUCUCGAGGAAUUGUGCAUGGAUGGAGAUGUUGACAAUGGACAUGGAAUUACUCCUCUUCACUUUGCGUGCAUUUUUGGAAGCUGGAAUGCGGUAAAUUAUCUUUGCAGGAAAAAAUCAGUUAACCUUCAACGAACAAUCAAACCAUCGGCCCUUCUUCAAAUUGCUUACGAUAAAAUGAUUGAAAGUGAAACGUCUUGGUCGAUCUAUGAGAAACUUUUGCUAAAAUGGUUAUAUUGCUACAGUCGUGUUAUUGACUUGUUUGUGGUAGUGACAGCUAGCGAAUUGGGAAAUGCCUUUUAUCCUGACUGCCCUCUACGGGAUGCGAAGCCUGGAUGGUUUUUGAAGAAAUUGUUGUCAUUUCACCAAGUCCGCAGCUCGGUGAGCAAUGUGCAGAGUAAAGUCGCAGAGUUUAAGCGAAGAAGAGCACGUAAUAAAACUGGUCGUUGAAUCUUAAAAUACCUGUACAAUUGGAUAAUGAAUAUAAAUCGACAUGUCAAAGAA